AUGGCUGUUGUCAAAUUAAUGUUAUCGGAUAUUGUCGCCUUCCUGAGUGGGGUCCGCGUGAUCUUCUUUGCGCGUGGUUGGGAACCCUACGGGACGUGGCACGCAACCGAUCCUAGUGGCGUGCUGGCUGAGCUCCGCCGACUCUUUGCCGUUUAUUGUCCACCCUCAUAUGGGUUGUUUGCGAAAGUUUGCACUUGCGGCAUAGAGGACAAACUUGAUGACCACAUCCGUUCACCCAAGGCAGUCAUCAUCAUCGUGAUCGACAGCAAGACAUCGGUGUGCAACAGUGAUGCUUCGCUGCUGUACAAUCAUGAAUCAUUUGAGAGCCCUAUUUUGAAGAAAAGAGCAAAGAUACUCCCUCGUUGGUUUUAUGAACCGCAGAAGCCUAAAGGAGCUACCACGCUGCUUGCACGGAUCUGCUUAAGUUUUAUUGUCAUAGGAAUUGUGAUCAUCACCCUAGGUUACCCGAUUUCCAUAGUGUAUUCUUUACUUUCCGGAAAAUGGUCUGUCCCGCAACGCCAGCUCUUUCUUCUCCUAUGCGGAGUGUUUUUAUUUAGUUGGAAUUUCGGUAAGUUUUCGGAUCUCGGUGAGUUUCAUUUUGUCUCUACAGGUCUCGAUAUCAUCCACAUGUUUAUUGGAAUAUUCGUCACUAUGUUUGUCAACUACAUGUGUUUCCGAACAAAGCUCAGCGUUAUCUUCGCGUUUGUUUUCAACAUGGCUUAUUUACUUUCCGGAUCCUAUAUCUACAAUCGUGGAACUUACGACAUCAACUGGACGACUCCGUACUGCAUUUUAUGUCUUCGAUUGAUUGGUCUUACUUGGGAUCUUUUUGACGCAUCAAAACCUGAGUCUGAACGAUCCGCCUACCAAAAACAGUCAGCUUUACAAACAUUCCCGGGCGUGCUGGAAACCUUGUCUUUCUGUUUCGUACCAACUGCUUUCAUCAGCGGACCCCAGUUCCCAAUGCGACACUAUCAAUCUUUCGUGGAUGGUUCGUUGCGCCCGACUGCCAUUCUGGCCAAUCGCUCAUUUACCCAACGAUUUAUUUUCAAUGUCAAGGUUCAAAGAACUGUUAUUCGGUUCACAAUGGGUCUGCUCGGUAUCCUGAUUCUAUCGAAGAUGCUCACUCUUUAUCCUGCUGAGCACAUCGUACUUUCGCGGUUUCUGUACAUGGUUGUGUUCGCGCAAAUCACGCUGUUUCGGUAUGUGGCCAUCUGGCUGAUUGGGGAGGGUGCUUGUGUUCUGUUGGGCCUGGGCUGUACUGGCCUGGUGCAUUUCAAGUAUCUCGAGGACACCGACAAGAAGUCCCGGAGCCCGCAGUUUGCUGGAGAUGUUCCUGAAGUACGCACUAAGUCUGCUCUGGAACGUCGCGAUUCCGCGGUGCCCUGGUCGGAUCUGGCUGUCAAACUGAAUUCCUACGAUCCGAAAAAGCUGGAUGUUCGAGAGGCUGAUCACACGGCUUGUGCUAACAUUUCGCUGGGCAACCUAUUGUUGGCCACCAACUCCGAUCAUCUGGUUGCUGGGUUUAACAUCAACACAAACAAAUGGAUGCUCGAGUAUGUUUACAAACGCCUCCGUUUCCUGGGCAACAAACAACUAUCUCAGUUGUGCACUCUGACAUUCCUCGCGUUGUGGCACGGAACAUAUACGGGCUAUUUUGUGAAUUUUGCCCUUGAAUUCAUCAUUAUCGCUGUGGAACGAGAUUUUAUUCUGAUAGUGAAACGUUCCAAGUUUGGUGACUUUUUGUACAAAACCACUCCAGGUUUUGUACUGACAAGUGUUACGGGCAAAUUGCACGUUCUCUUCAUGCUUGCCACCCCCUUGACGGCAUUCUAUCUGCUACAAUACCAUUUGUGGUUUCCGGUACUGAAAUCAACCUAUUUCAUCGGGUUCAUCUACGUCCUUUGGCCCCUGCUGAGACCAAUAGUGAAACGCAUGUUCCCACGGAAAGUCAAUGGGUCACAGUCUAACGGUGGUGCCACUCCUCAAAGUGAUGAUGACAAAUCAAAGACACAGUAGUGGCGGUGGAGCACGUCAUCGAUGUGUCUGUAACUUUCCUUCGCUCAUGCCCUUUCCGCUCGAAAACUUAGUGUACCCUUGUUCCUCCUGUGGUUUGGCAACAAAGGGUUCGUCACGUUCGAGAGUAAACAUGACAGUGUUGCGGUGUGUUUUCUACGUGCACUUACUUUUCGAAUUAGACUAUCGAUCCACUGAGUCCCUUAGAUUUUCAAGACCACGUGUGAUCUGCUGCGCUCCAUGUUGUUAUCUGGCUCCUCUUCUUUUGUCUGUGCAAUUCUUCAUUCGGACACCUUUUCUGUGUUUUCUGUGUGUUUUUAGCGACCAUCUUCGAGGCCUUAUUCGACCCACAGUCUUGAUUCGGUACUCAGAAUUUGAUUGUCCG